AUGCCCGAGCAGCUCAGCGUCGCCGAGUUCCUGGCGGUCACCGCGGACGACCUCAGCUCCCAGGGCGGCCCCGCCGCGCUUGCCUUCGCCGCCAAGAUACCCCGAUGCCGGGGGGCGGUGCUGGCACGGGAGGAGACCCUCGAAGGGGACCAGGCCAUCCUGCAGCGAAUAAAGAAAUCAGUCCGGACGAUUCAUAGCUCUGGCCUCGCCCACGUGGAGAAUGAGGAACAGUACAGCGAGGCCCUGGAGACCUUUGGCAACAGCCACCUCUCCCAGAACAACCAUGAGCUAUCCACAGGCUUCCUGAACCUGGCUGUGUUCACCCGGGAGAUGGCUGCCCUCUUCAAAAACCUGGUGCAGAACCUGAAUAACAUUGUGUCUUUCCCCCUGGACAGCCUGCUGAAGGGGCAGCUGAGGGAUGGCCGACAGGAUUCCAGGAAGCAGGUGGAGAAGGCGUGGAAAGACUACGAAGCCAAAAUGGCCAGGCUGGAGAAGGAGAAGGAGAGGUCCAAAAUGCCUGGAGGGAGUCCUGGAGAGGCAACUCAGGACACCCAGAGAGAGCGCCGGGUCUUCCAGCUGCACAUGUGUGAGUACCUGCUAAAAGCUAGCGAGAGCCAGAUGAAACAAGGUCCUGACUUCCUGCAGAGCCUCAUUAAAUUCUUCCACGCCCAGCACAACUUUUUCCAAGAUGGCUGGAAGGCAGCUCAAAGCCUGUCUCCCUUCAUAGAGAAAUUGGCAACCUCAGUGCAUUCGCUGCACCAGGCCCAUGAGGAGGACAUUCAGAAGCUCACACAGAUCCGGGACUCUCUCCGGGGUGCCCUGCAGCUGGAGAGCAGAGAGCAGGAAAACUCAAGUCGGAAGAACUCUGGGAGUGGCUACAGCAUUCACCAGCACCAAGGGAAUAAGCAGUUUGGCACAGAGAAGUCGGGCUUUCUGUACAAGAAAAGUGAUGGAAUUCGGAGAGUUUGGCAGAAGAGGAAGUGCGGAGUCAAGUACGGUUGCCUGACCAUCUCUCACAGCAUGAUAAAUCGGCCACCGGUGAAGCUGACCUUGCUGACCUGCCAAGUGAGGCCAAGCAUGGAGGAGAAGAAGUGUUUUGACCUAGUGACCCAUAACCGGACGUACCACUUUCAGGCUGAGGAUGAGCAUGAAUGUGAGGCGUGGGUGUCCGUGUUACAGAACAGCAAAGAUGAGGCCCUGAGCAGUGCCUUCCAUGGGGAGUCAGGAGGUGGACUUCAAGGGAGCCCCGUGGGGGCCGGGCUGGAUGGGGACCUUCGGGACCUCACCAGGCUGGUCAUUGCUGAGAUCAAAAGCAGGCCUGGAAAUGGUCAGUGCUGUGACUGUGGAGCAGCAGACCCCACAUGGCUUAGUACCAACCUGGGCGUCCUGACCUGCAUCCAGUGCUCAGGAGUCCACCGGGAGCUGGGCGUGCGCUUUUCCCGCAUCCAGUCACUCACGCUGGAUGUGUUGGGCCCCCCAGAGUUGUUGCUGGCUGUUGGCAUUGGAAAUAUGCAGUUCAAUGAUAUUAUGGAAGCCCAGCUCACUUUGAAUGGUGCCACCAAACCAUCCAGUGAGAGUGAUAUGAGCACCCGAAGAAACUACAUUGUUGCCAAGUACGUGGAACACAGGUUUGCUCGCCGAGGCGGGUGUGAGCCCCACAGACUUUGGACAGCAAUCUGCAACCAGGACCUCCCAGCUGUACUAGAAGCAUUUGCCAAUGGCCUGGACUUUGGGCAGCCACUACCUCGGCCAGAUGGGCAGACUUCAGGAGAACUGCCCCUGCACUUGGCCAUUCGCCUUGCCAACCAGACCUCCCUGCCCCUGGUGGAUUUCAUCAUCCAGAAUGGAGGCCACGUGGAUGCCAAGGCCCCGGACGGGAACACGGCUCUGCACCUCGGGGCCCUGCACAACCAGCUGGACUGCCUCAAGCUGCUGCUCAAAGGGAGAGCCACCGUGGGCACAGUGAAUGAUGCCGGUGAUACUGCCUUAGAAGUGGCCCGGAAGAACAGACACAAGGAGUGUGAGGACCUGCUGGAACAGGCCCAGGCUGGGACCCUCAUCCUUCCAUUCCACUUAGACUAUCCCUGGGGGGUUUCCGUGGACCCUGGAUCUGAGAGUGAGGAGGAGGAGGAAGAUAAGCGCUACCCCAUCAAGCUUCCAGUCCCCGCUAGGCCCCGAUGGGGCUGUACAGGUCUGGACAUAAGCAACAAGACCUAUGAGACCAUCGUCAGCCUGGGCCCCACUCAGGCCAGCAACAGAAGAAGCCACACAGAAGAACUCCCUCCCCCUCUCCCUGUCAAAAGCCCUUCCCGGGCCUCUUCCCAAGGUUGGGUAGGACAUGGAAGUGGAGAUGGCCCAGAAGUUCUCAGCCCAGGCUCAGAGCCCCCUGGGCCCCUGGAGUCUCCACCUGUGUUCAGUCUGUCCACCUCCAGCAUCUCCAGCCCCACAGAAAGCAUUCUGGCACGGCCAACCAGCUGUAGCUCCUCAGGUCCCCGAGUCCCAGGCCAGACAGAGGCCUGCUCGGAGGAAAGCCUCUGGGAGCCCUCAGGGGCCACCUCUCCUGAGCACCUUCCCCCAGUCAGGUUCAGCUCAGAGAGUACUCGGUCCUAUCGCCGAAGCAGCCGAGGCCUGGAAGACCCCCCCGCAGUCAGGCAGCUGCCCCCCGGGCCUGUGGCCAGAAGAGCUGUGUCGAUCCCCCUUCCCAGCCAGCCCCAGGGGAAAUCAAAAAGAACCACAUCCCUGACAGACAGCCGGAUUGAGGACAUCCGAUCACCUCCCACCUUCUCUCAGGCGGAAGUGAGCAUGGCUCCAUAUGCCGAGGAGCAGAGCUGGGAUGGCGUCCCUGAAGUUGAAGGCUCCAAAGCUGGACUCCUCUUGGCCAGUUCUGUGAAACUUUCACAAGACUGACCCCACCCCCCAGUACCCUGCCCUGUCUGGGCUUGGGCCAUUCCCAUCGAAGCAGAUCGUUAGCUGGCACUUGGAUCUGUGGUGAGCUCAGAGGAUCAGGGAUCCAGGGGCUUGCUUGAUCAUGACUUCCUCCUGCAGACCACCUCCUGGCACAGGACUCGCUCAAAUUUGGGGUCAUUCCGACACAGUGGCAAUUGGGGAGGGGACACUGGGAAGGUCGGUGGUCGACUUUCCAGCUGUGUCCAGGACCGCCCCUGUUCUUGGGUCACUAUUUCUGAUUCCACAUUGUCACCAGUGUGACAAUGCCAGUCGAGAAGCUAGUCUUGGCUGUUUUUCUUUGCUCAGCAUCGUAUAGGACUUGGAACUCGCCAUGCCAGACGCUCACCUAACGGACUGAAAAUUGAUUCUCUACCCCUACCCCCUUCCCCCAAGACAAGGACUAUAUCUACCCCAUCCAAUAUGGGGGGGGGGGGGUGCUCCUCUAAGGGCCAGGCUAUCUUUUCCCUAUCAUUUAUUCAUUUAACAAACAUUUCCUGACCCCUUUCUUUGUGUUGGACCUUACACAGAGGAAUCAGUGUCUGCCCUCAAGUUUACCUAGGAAAGCUUAUGGUGUCCAGAAGCCAGGGAUUGUGUGUCUUCCAUGAGGCCAAAGGAAGAAGCCUCUGGGCUCAGAGAUUAUUCAGGCUGGGCUAUCUCUGGAGCUGGUCCUUGAACCCUGGCCAUGGGACAGUGAAGGUGAAGGAGAGAGAAAGGGGGCAGGGUUGGGGUUACUAGACAGGAAGGUUAACCCAGGGUUGGGUAAGUAAAGCCAGGGUUCUGUCCCCCUCCAUAGAAAAUAGGAAGAUGUUUUCCCCAGUGCUCAGGUCAGGGAAAGGAAGAAAGGGGAAAGGGAAAGUAGGGACAUGUGGGUAACCCUUCCCUGUCUACCAUCUAUCCCCUCCAGCCAGUUCUGAUUUCACCAGCUCAGAGGAGUUCUCUUGCCCAGGAGGAGGAAGGAAAGGGAAGGGAUAUUUGUAGGUUUAUGUGACCCUGGGGGUAGUGAGGCAAGACAUUAAGGAGCAUCUUGGCAGGGUAUUGCGCCACCAAAAAUGCUCUCUCCCCAUGGUCUGUCCCAGAGCCCAAUAUUCUACCAUGAGAAAUCCUUUAGGAGCUUAAAGGCUUACCUAUCUCCCGGAGUUCUCAGGGAACAUUUAGAUUCUCCUGAAAGGGGAAACAAAAGAUAGGAGGGGACCCUGAUGGGGCGGCACCCAGCUGUUAGAAGAGCAUGGAUGAUAUGUGGGGCCCUGGGUCAUUGUACCAGUUUCCCUUGCAGACAUGACUGGCUCCGUGGUUCUGGGAGGCAUUAUGGGGGCACUCUCUUACAUUGUUCAUCUCAGACUUUUUGUGUCACCGAUUUUGAAUAAAGGAUUUAUUAUUGUUAUUUUUAAUAAA